UUCAUUUCAUUGUAAGACGCUUCAGUGUCUACUUCGGAAUUCUCUUCUAGAAAUCCACAUAAAGUCUCAAACGUUUCAAAAACUUCGUAAUGAAGUCACAAACCUUCUAACAACUUUGCUAGAAAAUUAUAAACGUUCCAACGACUACGUAAGAAAGUACUGUGAAAGUGCAAGAUAGAGUGCAUAUUAAGUGUAAGAAGAAGUUCGUUAAGUUCGUUAAGUGUAUCUUCGUAUUUCAUAUCAUAAUUAAAAUGAAUAAUCCUGCAUACUACUGCAACAUGGAAGUUAACGGCUGGUCCUAUCCAGCAAUGGAUCAAAAGAUUGGAGAAGAAAUGCAGCCAAAUGCUAAUGUCCAAAUAAAUCAACCGAAUUUAAAUUAUUACAUGGAGCAACAAGAAUUAAAUAGUCAAGCAUCACCGAGUCUCUUGGAAACUAUUUUACGUCAUGGAAAGAAUGCAGUUCAGGAUGGAUAUUCAAAUUCGUGUGCUGACUCUGUUUCGCCGCAAAGCAACGAUACUACAUCAUUAACAGAGGGAUGCUUAGGACUUCGAGAAGCUAUUGUGCCAAUGGGAUGUGAACAAUAUCUCGCCCAUACGCAGCCACAGGAUUACGUUCAUCCGAUGAUAACAUCCACCCCUUCAACAUCCACGCAACGACACCAAUACUCUGCAUUAAUGACCGCGGACGCAACCAGAGGACAAAGUAAACGUACGAGGCAAACCUAUUCACGUUUUCAAACCCUUGAAUUGGAAAAAGAAUUUUAUUCGUCACGAUAUUUAUCCAGAAAACGUCGUAUGGAAAUGGCUGAUUUUUUAUCUUUGACGGAAAGACAAAUUAAAAUUUGGUACCAGAAUAGACGGAUGAAAGCUAAGAAGGAAGGACAAACUGCUAUUAAUCCAACGAGUAAAACAAUAUUAAACAAUAGUACUUUAUCAGCUCGAAGUGGAUCAAGUAUUGUUCGAUCGCAGGUCAAUCGAGUAGCAAGUUUAUCAGCUCCAGUUUCAUCUGCGUCAAGAGCCACGGUCACUAAUUAUGAGCAACAAUCUAUACCCCAGCAAUACGGACCACAAAAUCAACAACAUUAUCAGCAAAUUUAUCAGCAACAUUAUCAACAAUACAAUUAUCAGUAUAAUGAACAAUACAAUCAACAGUAUUAUGAACAACAUUCAUCAACAGCCAUUAUAACGCAGCGCAAUUUACACAAUCCUUAUCUUGCAUAUCAUAAUAUAAAUCAUACAAUACCUAAUACUAAUAACAUACAAUACCUUCACCAACAACAACAUCAACUUAAUCAUUACGAUAACAUUCAUCAUGACGAUAGAAGAAAUAACGAAAGUUGCUCUUCAAUAAAUCCCUUACCGCAAUAAUGCCUCGGUUAGAAGCAGAAUUUCAGA